ACUGACUUGGCGGCCAUAUUGAAUAUUAUCUGUUGACAGUUGUGUCCAAAGGAAGCUCAAAGAUUUUGUUUUAGCUAACUUAUGCAAAGUGAAGGAUUGUUGUGCGUAUCAGUUGAAUUAGGACACAUGUCCUACAUUUUUAUUCGUUUUAUUUAAACCAAGAGAUGGACGAAGAUGAACGGCAGAGGAAAAUAGAGGCUGGGAAAGCUAAGAAAUCCUCCAACAUGCCAAAAAACCAGUCGCUUGCUAGUUUCCGACAGAAGCGGGCGAAAGGCGACGGUGCGGGGGCGCCGAAAAAGACGCAGAAGAGGAAGGGCCAGGCUGUCUCGCAGAAUGACAGCGCAACGCAAGACCGCCGCAUAGGACCAGCACUUCCUACAGCCAGUGAUACAGAGCUGAAAAACAAAACCAACCAUGAGGAACCCCAGAAGCCAGAGAAAUCAGAAGCUCCGCAGAACCAACGUCAGAAGGAUCAGCACCCCACCCUGGAGCAAAGCCUGUCCCCUGUGGAAGAUUUUAGAGAAGAGGAGCUGGUUGCACUCACUGGAAAAGAGCAGCUCAAGCAGUUGCAGGAGGCUGUGGAGAAGCGUAAUGAGAUAAUCGCAAAGCUCAGCUCCAACCUGCAGGAGGCCCUGGCCAGCAGGGACCAGGUACAGCUGGAGGCGCAGUCACUUGCUGGACAGAUUCAGGCGCUGCAGAGACAGCUACAGCAGACCAGUGUAGAGUUUCUGCGCAUCAAAAGUCAGUCAGGGGUCGAAGUCCACGACACCCAUCAGCAUGGCGACUGGUUCCAAGAUGCAGACAACCGUGUUAAUGAAGCACCAUCAGGGGAAACGGGGGUUGCAGGAUCUUGCUCAGAGUCGAGCACUGACAUUGAAACAGACAGCGUUCUGCACAAACUGAGGGCUGAGUUGGAAGAAGAAAGGCAGAAAAGUCAACGGAUAUGUGCUGAACUAGUGGAGGAGAUGGAGAAACACCAACAUACGCUUUCUUUACUGGAGAAGGAAAAGAAGGGCAUGGAGGAGGAGCGAAAGGAAAGGGAGGCACAGAUGCAAGACCUCCAGACACAGUUGAGCUCAGUUCAAAGUCAGUGCCUUGAGAUGCAGCAGUACAAAGCUGAGAAGGAGAAGCUGAACAGAGAAGUUGUGGAGCUGAGGAAUAGGCUUCAAGAGGGCGAAGAUGCAGGGAGGAGAUUCAAUGAGGAGGUGGCCAGCUCUGCCCUUCACCUCCAGAGCCUUGAGGAAGAGAGACAGAGGCAGGAGGAGGAGAUUCAGAAGCUCAAAGAAGAGCACAAGGAGGAGGUGGAGAGAGUCAGGCAGCUAUUGGAGGAGAAGGAGAAACAACUAAAGGUCAGAGAGGAAGAGGUGAUGGGACUCAAAUCCUCUAAGAAUCGGCAAAACCAAGCAAAGGCCAGCCUUAGUUCCGAUGAAAAGAGUACAGAUGAGGCUAGUCGGGAAAAUGGACCUGAUCACGACAGCAUGAAUGUAUCAACAUCUGGAGAUAUUCUGAUGGAGCGCUACUUAUCUUCAGCUCCUCUUGCACGUUCACAAUCUUCAGUGGUCAAUGAAAGCUUUGAACACUGCAGUCAGCUGGACAUCUCUGCAGACUAUAGUUUUGAGCUGAACAGUGAGGUGUUGGGAGACGAGCCUCUGUUAUCAAUUUCAAACCGUUUCCAUGAAGAAAGCGACAACCUCCACAACAGCUCCAGCCCACGCUGCUCCCCUGGCAUCCCUGUGGCUGAUAAUUCCAACCCUCAGUCUUUAACUCAGUGGCUUCAAAACUCCACUUCCGGCGAGCUGGAAAUAAGUAAACUGUCUGAGGAGCAGUUUGAGGAGGCAGACCUUGAAAAGGAGCUGCUGAAUCAGCAGUGUGGUGAGCUCCAUGAGGAGCUUGCUGCCAAGGACAGGGACUUAAAUGUGCUAAGGGAGGAAGUUAUCAAGAGUGCUGAAGAGCUGGAGGAGGCCAGGAACAGGUGGGCCCAAGUAACAGAAGAACUCAGGCAAGCUCUCUGGGAACUUGAAGAGGAGAAGGAGAAGAGGAGACAUGUUGAGGAGGAGAUGAACUUGAAAGCCCAUGAACAAGAUAACCUGAAGAACAAACUCAGUGCCUUAAUGGAAGAAAAUGCAGUAAUGUUGAUGGGAAAGAAAGCUACUGAAACCCACCUGCUGGUCCCUGCAACAUCUCAAUCAGAGGAGGGAGAUAAACUGGUAGGGGAGCUAAAAGAUGAGCGGGAGGAGGAGGCUGCAGUCCUGGCUCAUCAAAAACAGCUGGAGCUACUGAAGUUGUCUCUGCAGGAGAUAUCAAAAUCUACCAACCAGGGCGCAAAACUCAUAGUCGACAAACAUCUGCAAAUACUGCAGGAGACACAAACAACGCAUCAAACCAUGGAAGCCCUACUUGGUCAAAGGACUAUGGAGCUGGAGGAAACGUUAAAGGAGCUUGAAUGUGUUAAAACAGAAAUGAGAACAUUGUGUGACACAUUGGAGAAGAACAAGGAUAGUCUGGACAGCGCUGAGAAAGAGAAGAUCGAACUGGAGACUCAGGUCCUUUGUUUGAGACAAAACCUGGCCAACCUGGAGGAGGCCAAAGCCCAGGCAGUGCAGGAGAGGGAGGAGCACAGGAGAAAAGAAGAGGAGAUGGAUGAACGCAUUAAACAAAUGGAACAAGUCUUAGAGGAGGAACUGGAACAGUUCGAGAACCUGCUAAAAGCCAAAGAUAUUGAGUUGGCUGAAGGGAGGGAGAAAUGGGAGGAAGAGAGACUGGAGAAGGAGAAAGAGCUCCUUGAUGUGAGGCACCACCUGGAGGAGCAGAGAAGGGAGAGGGAGGAGGAGGUGAAGGCUCUCCUGGAGAAGCAGGAAAUGGUUGUUGAGGAGGCUACACAAAGGCUCAAGACAUCUCACCAACAGGAGAUGAAGGACCUGAUGGAGAAACAUCAACAAGAGAUUACUGAGUUAAAUUCUCACCUGGAGUCAGAACUGCUGAAGCAGCAGGCCCUUACAGAAGAGGAACAGAAGAGACAGAUCAGCCUAAUUAAACAGGUGACUGAACGUGAGCAUGAGAGGAUGCUUUCAGAGCUGACUGCCAAACACAAGGCGGACCUUAAUCAGCUGAGGGAGAGCAUGGAGGCUGCCCACCAGGUCGAACUACAGCAGGCCCAGGUCCAAAAGACCGAGGAACUUGAAGCUGUGCGUCUAAGCCUGACCAGCGUCCACUUGUCCCAGCUGGAGCACUCCCAUGUUAACUUAAAGCAGGAACAGGAAUCUGCUCUCACCAAGGCCCAGGCAUCCCUGAGGGAGACAUUUGCCCAGGAAAGUGCACUUCUGCAGGCCCAGCAUCAGUUAGAACUGGAUCAGAUCAGACAGCAGAAUCAGGAGCAGCAGGAGAAACUGUGCGAGCGGCACCGAGAAGAGAUGGAUAUGAUGAAGCAGCAGUGGGAGACUUCUGUGGCUCAGGAGAGAUCUGCCAUGGAGAGAAAGCAGGACGAGGAGAAACAGGCUCUAAUGUCACAGUGGAAUAAGGACGCUGAGAGCACCCAGUCAAACCUCCAAACAUCUCUGACAGAGACCCAGAACAGCCUUACUGUAACCCAGGCUGAACUUGCCCAGACCAACAAAGCACUUGGUGAAUCCCAGGAAGCUCUGUCUCAGACCCAGUCACAGCUGCAGGAGUCACAGGCCAGGCUUGAGGAACUCCAGACCUCCAGUAAUGAGAAUAGCCAUAAAUUAGAGGAGGAGCUGAAACAAGCCUGGGCUGACAGAGAUGCUGCUGCCUGUCGUCUCGAGGAGUUGGUCUCUUGUCACAAGGCAGUGCUGCAGGAGAAAGAGCAGCAAGUGCUCCACCUAGAGGAGAAGGAACUUCAAUUGCAGCAGGAGGUCUUGCACCUACAGGAGGAGAAGACACUGCUGAAACAGAGCUCUGAACAAGAAGUAGGACAGUUGUGGACCCAGCUGGAGAGCAUGAGGACUAGUCGCCAAGAGUUGGGAGAGCUGAAGGAGCAGCUGCUCGCGCGCUCAUCCCGUGUUGAUGACAUUGAGCGCCUAAAGACGGAGUUUAAUGAUCAGAAACGCGAAAUCCGUGAGCAGAAUGAGGCUGAGCUGGAAAGCCUGAGGAGAUACUUUGAGCAGCGAUUGCGGGUAACAGAGGAGAACUACAGAGAGGAAAUUGCUCUGCUCCAGCUAAGGCUGGUGGAAGGUGCCUUGGAGGAAUCUGUUCUUAAAACCUCAGAUGACAGUUUCAUAUCUCAAAUCCAAGCUCAAGAGGGAAAAGAUGAUGUGCUUUCUGAGUCUGUCCUCAAACUGGAGAAACACCAGGAAGUACUUGAUAGCUUGUGCCUUCAGCUGGAGGAGAAACACAGCGUGGAGCUUGCCAAUCUUCGAACGUCUAUGGUUCUUUCCUUUAAGGAAGAGCUUCAAGAGGUGCGCUCAGACCUCACUGACCACUACUAUGAAGAGCUGCAGGAGAUGAAGACUCGUCAUGCAAUGGAGCUUGAACAACUCAGAGCCAAACUCUCUGACCGUCACUUACAAGAGCUUACCAAAGCUCAUUUGGAGGCAGCACGGCAGGUUGAGGUGGAGGUGGAACAGAGAAUGUGGUGUUACACUGAGGAGCUACAGACAAGGAUGACCAUCAUCCACACACUGGAGAAGAGAUUGUCUGCCUUGAGUGAAGAACAUAAUGCAGAAAUUCAAAGUAACCCGCAAAAGGUUUCUUGCACAUGUGUUCCACAGUUGAAACAGGAGUUUGCUGGGGAGCUCAUUCUUCUUGAGGAAUCUCUGGAACAGGAGAAGAAGCUUGUACAGGAGGAGAUGAAGAGGUUGAGAGAAGAGCUCCAAGAGAAGCAUGAAGCUGAGCUCUCUGCCCUGAAGUCAGACCAUGACAGAGAGAUGGAGAAGGAGAGGGCACAUUUUGAAGAGGCACUUCAUGAGGAGAAGGAGAAGUUAAAGUCUCUUCAGGCUGCACUGGACAACGAUGAGAGCCCAGAGGUUUUGAUAGUGAGGCAGAGACUGGAGGCCCAGUAUGACAGUGAGCUUCGCCAAGCCAAAGAGAGGUUCCAAGAGGAGAAAUCCAUGUUGGAGCAGAGUUUGGCCCAAAAAUAUGAAACGUCUCUGGCAGAGCUAAAGAGCAAACAUCAAACUGAGCUUGAAAGUGACAGAGCAACACUACUGAACAAACACUCCCAAGAGAUGAACGCACUCAAUGCCAAACACAAAGCACAACUAGAUUCACUCAGUGCCAGUCACAGAGAUCAGCUUACAGCUACGGCAGCUGAGCUCGAGUCCAAACACAACAGCGAGCUUGUUGCCUUGGAAGUGGCUGUCGAUUCCAAACGAAAGGCAGACCUUGAAAGUCUGGAGGCCCUCUUUAAGGAGACCAGUCAGGCUCAGCUGGAAGCUUUGGAAGCAGAGUUAGCUCGCAAACACCAGGAAGAAAGGGAUGAACUGGAAAAGAGAAUGCUGGGUAAUAUGGACACUCUCGAGGCCACAUACCUGAAGGAAGUGCAAACACUGCGGGAUGAAAUGGUGCGACUUGAAGAGAGCCAUCGUCAAGACCUGAAUCGCCAGAAUUUGGAACACAGGCAGAUAAUGGAGCGCCAUGCCGCAGAACAGCAGUCGAUCAGGGAAGAUCUGAGGAAAGAGCUGGCUCAGGUGCACAUAGAGAAGUUUAGUGCCAUGGCAGCAGAGCUCAGCCAUGUUCACAAGACUGAGCUGGCUGCUCAGAAAGAGGCCUUAGAUAAAGAACACUGCAGAGCCCUUGAGACCCUGAAGAAGCAGGUUUUAGAACUAGAGCUACAACACAGCACUGCUCUUCAGGAGCUCUCACAGUCGUACACUGCUGAGAAAGAGCAACUCAUCGAACAGCACCAACUGCAGCUGCAGGAGUUGAGAGGAGUGUCUGCACGGGAAUUGGAGGCAUGUCGCAGGGAGCUUGAAGAGGAGUCGUCAAGGCAACGUCAGCACUUCUUGGAAGAGGUUGAGCUCCUCAAAGUCCAAUCAGAGGAGAGACUGCAGGACAGAAUCAAUCAACUGAAGACGGAGUUUGAAGAGCAGAAGCAGGUGGAGCUUGAGGACCUGAGGCGGAGCUUCUCAUCCGAACAGGAGGAGAAGGAGCGGAGCUACACCGGCAAAAUGAGUCAGCUCACUGCCCAACUGCAGCAGUUAGAUGCUGUGGUGGCCCAGCUGCAAGCAGAGGUCGGCUGUCUGCAGGGAGAGCUGAAGGGAAAGCGAGCAGAGAUGGAGACUUUGGACACUCUACUCCAACGAAGGGAGCGUGAGACUCAGGAGGGAGGAAACCUUCUAAAGAUGCUCACUGAUGACUUGCAGACUGCUAAAGAGGAAAGACGUAAACUGGACCAGGCCAACGAAAAGCUCAGGAAGGUUCUAAUCGAGAUGAUUCGUAGCACAAUUGCAACCGAAGAGCUGAUUGGACAAAAAAUCAGUGCCAAAGCCAAAACAUCUGAGCAGGCAACGCAACAGAGGAGCUUAACCGGGAACAAAGAUGCACAAGAAUCAGGUAUUUCAGUCGCAGACUUGUCAUCAGAUGACCCUGAGCUGACCCACCUGCUCUGUGAGAGCCUGCUGGUUUCAGACACUCAAAUCAAUCCUGGAGGAGAAGAAGCAGCUCUGAACGCCUGCAGCAGACUGCGUCACACUGUGGACACACUGCUGGAGCUGCUCAACCAGGCCAACACACAGCUGAAGCAGACUCAUGAUGUCCACCUUUCUCUGGAGGAAAAGUUCUCUCAGGGCACAGAAGACUCCACCCGUCUCCUGGAGCAGCACAAGCUUCUGUUGGAGCAGCUUGAUCAGGAGGCGAAACUGAAGAGUCAACUCCAGCUGGAGCUCCACAAGGCAGAGGGGCUUCUGGAUGGCUACGUGGCUGAGAAGGCAGUCUUGGAGGAGUCUCUGCAGCAGAAGGAGGCACAAGAGGAGAGACUGGUGGAGCAACUAGAGGACCUGAAGGUGAAACUUCACCAGAUGCAGGGCAUCACCUCAGAGCUGGAUGGCCUCAGACUGAAACACCAGGAGCUCAGCGAGGAGCACACGCGUCUCCUGCGCCAGAAAGAGCAUCUCUCCGCUGGCCUGGGAGAGAGGGAGAAAGCUCUCCUGGCAGAGACGGAGCGUUUGGCCCAGGACAGGCUGCACUUGCAGCGGCAGGCAGAAAAGGACCACAGCUCUCUGUCCCUGCGCCUCAGGGCCCUCGAGAGAGAGCUGGAAGAGCAAGAAACCAAGGGCCUGGAGACAGAGCAGCACCACAAGUUCCACACUGAAGACCUCAACCAGCGUGUCCAAGCACUCGAGAAACAGCUGAAACAUGACCGGCAGUUUAUAGAGGAGCAGGCUGUGGAGCGUGAACACGAGAGAGAUGAGUUCCAGCAGGAGAUCCGAAGGCUGGAAGCCCAACUCAGACAGACCGCCAGUGUGGAUAACAAAGGACACAGGUUUGAGGACUUGGUUCUGCAGGUGGAGAGUCUACAAGCUAUCAUUAAAGACAAGACAGAGGACCACACCGCUUUGCUUGCAGCCAGCCAGCAAGCCCAGCGCGACCUUGCCGAACGCAAUGAAGAGAUAGACAAGCUAGCCGGGCGAAUCAGAGAGCUAGAGCAAGCGCUGCUUAACAGUGCGGAGAGCAACAGGUCUGUCAGUCAACUGGAACAAGAGCUCCACAGAGUGAAGUUGAGAGAACAGGAGCUCACACAAGAUAAGGAGGCAUUGGAGCAACAGCAGCUGGCUAGCAGGCUCCAGAUCUCCGCACUGCAGUCCAAACUAGAUGAGACAAGACACUGUUACCAUGACAACACGCGUGACCCCACCCAGGAGCUGAGGGAUGCCCUGAACGCCGCUCAGGAGAGCCUGCAAAGCAAAGAGCAAGAGGUCGAAUUCCUGCAACGCCAACUGGACAAUGUGCAGAGGGACUUUAGCAUCAAAGAAGUUGAACUAAAACACCUCACACUACAGCUAGAGCUGCUGACCAAUCAAAAUGCAGCCCAUGUGAAUGAGCUCCAGGAACAGAUUGCUGCCCUAAAGGAGAAUGUGUCUGCUCUCACCAUACUCAAGGAGGAGAACAAGGAGCAACGGGAGGUGGAGGCUCCAGAGGAAGAGGCCCUCCCCUCAGCAUUACUCCAGGAGAAGAAUCAGGAGAUCGACCACCUCAACAAUGAGAUCCAGAGACUGGAACAGGAGUUGGAGAACUCCAGGGACACCAAGGUUUUGGAGGCUGAGCUUGAGGACCUGCAUUCACAAGUGGAGCACCUUCAGUCUGAAAUCAUGAGAGUGCGUGAGGACAAACAGGAAGAAGAGGAGCGCCUUCAUGAGGUCAUUAGCACGCUGCAGGCAGAGCUUGCCACCUUAGGCCCUAACCUGCACGAAGUGAGCGACUCUCAGGACGGCGACAGCAUCAACCCCUCGCCAGCUCCAAGCCCAGAACCUCACCACUACAACACCAUCCAGGAACAAGAGAAGAGGGGCGGGCCGAACAGCCUGAAGCAAGAGCUCAGUCUGACUCAUUCGACUUCAUCUCAUUCUGUUCGAUCUCGUCUGAAGGCCCUUCAGAGUCAGCUGGAGACGGUGGUGGCAGAGAAAGAAGGGCUGGAGCGCUUACUGCUCACCCAGGAGGAAGAGUACAGAGGACAUGGGGAGGAGUUUGGAAAGAGGCUGAAAGCUGAGCGGGAGAGGGCAGAUAAACUUCAAGAUCUCCUCACCGAUAAAGAAGCCGAGCUGGAGGAGGUCAAAACCCAGAUAGAAGAGGAGAGGGCGAAGAAGAAAUUAUCUGAAGAGGAGAUUGACAGUUGCAGAAUUAAAGCUGAGGAGGUGAGCGCCAUGCAAGAGAAGAACGCCCACCUCAGCUCUCUGAUUGCAGAACUCCAAGAGAAACAACAGGGGAGCGUAACAGAGAUCCAGACUCUAAAAACAAAGGAGCAGGAGAUGAAAAUAGAAAUGGAGGUCCUCCGAGAAACCAGUCUCACUCUUGAGAGACAGGUCCAGGAGGUAAGAGCCGAAGUGGUGGACAUGGAGGAGCUGGUUGCCGAGGAAAGGACGAAGACUAAAACCCUUGAGAUUGUAAAGGGAGAGCUUUUUGCUGAAAGGGAGGCGCUGAGGAGGAGGGAAGGGCAACUCCAGGAAGAAAUUGAAAGGCUCAGGCAGGAAGUGAUUUCACUGAGAGCUUGUAUCCAGGACCUGAUGGUUCAGCACAAUGAGAGAGAAACCAGUCAAGAAGAGGCUCAAAAAGAAGUGCUGACCCAUGCUGAGGUCACCCUGGCUAAAGCAGACACUGCCUUAAGACAGAAGGAGGCUGAGCUCGCCAAACUGAGAUUAGAGCAUCAGACUCUGCAGGCGGAGCUGACUGCGGUGAAACAGGGUUUGAGUACCAGCACUGAAAGAGCUGAAAAACUACACGAGGAAGGACAGACCAAAGAGCGUGCCCUGGUCGACCUGGAGACUGAUAACCAGCAGCUAAAGGCAGAGCUUCGAGCUCUACAAGAAGACCUGGCUGUACAGGAAGAGGAACUGGCCUAUCAGAAGAGAGAACUACAGCAGCUCAGACAACACUGUCACGAGCAGGACACACACCCUCAAAAACAAGGAUACCCACAGAGGGAUAUUUCUCACAGAGCUUUUGAGGAGGCUGUAACCAUCUCUCGUGAUGAAGCCUCUCUGAGCUCUCCAGAGGUUUUAAGGAGACUCGAAUGCUCCGAGGACAGAAUCCCAGAGCAAUUCCACACCUCUGUUCUCGGCUCUCGUCUCUCUGAGAUCAGCGCUCUGAACAGCACGGGCCUGGAUCUUCCCCACAUCAAGACCUCUCCCAGAGUUGUGAUGGAGUCCCCACACUCCAGGACCAUCACACCAGAUCCAGUCACACAGAGUACCCACUCCCCAGGCUCUGUGUCAGUCUCUGACAACUUCUCCAUGCUUGACUCACUGGACACUGACCGAGUGCGUGAACUGGAAGGACUUGACAUAACGGCACCUCCAUCUCCUCUUGACUCCACCUCCUCCAUGUCAGCACCAGAAUGGGCCAGUGAUGGAUAUGGCAGCAAUGUGAGUUCAGAAUUGGGUGCAAGGCUGCGAGUGGAGCUGGAACAGACUGAAAGGCUGGAUGCUCAGUUUGUUGAGUAUCUCCGCUGCCGAGGAAUUAACCCCACAGCUAACACAGAUAGUGCUGCGGGCAGUAUGAGUUACAGUGAUGACCUGUUGUCACCUGAGCUUCAGGGUCUGUUGAAGAAAGUGUAUCAAGAAAGCUGCCGGAUUCUCACCUUGUCCCAGCGUCGUACCACUUCCUCAACCCAUCCUCACCUCUCGGACUUGAAGGCCUUCUCGUUGAGUCAGACACAGCACCAUUCUGAAGAACGCUCCAACCUACUGGACCAAGCGGACAAAUCAUCCUCCAACCCUCCCAUGAGCUGGCAGCAGGAGAAGAGAGCACUGCAGGAGACUGUGAUUGCUCUCCGAGAGCUGCUCUGUCGGAUGGCCCAGAGACACACACAAACUGAAUACAGAGGCGAUGAUGAGUGGCACAGAGAUCAGCUUAGUGUACAAGUUGAAGCCCACCUGAGGGCCGAGCUUGAGGAGAGCCAGAAACAACUGAAAUGUGCUCAUGAUGCUCAGCAAGAGCAAAAGAACAAAAUACAGUCACUGAGGCUGGCUGUGGAAGAGGGUGAAGAAGCUAUGAGAAGGGAGCAGACCAGAGUCCAGGAGCUUCAACAACAACUGGAACAGGAGAGAGCUCUGAGUCUUCGUAAGGACCGAGAGGAGGACGAAAGGAGAGGGGCGUUGCAAAUAUCUUUUGAGCAGCACAGGUCAGAGGUCAUGGCUCUGAAGGGUCAGGUGGAGCAGGAGAGAGUGGCCUGCAGCAACCUCAAACAGGAGCUCCAGAUUGAACGGUCCCGCAGUGAGCUGUUAGAGAAGCGUGUAGACGACACUCAGAAGGAGCUCGAAGAUGAACGCCAACUCUCUGCUCACCAAAAAGAGCUCAACUUGCAAGAAAAGGCUCGUCUUGAGCGCCUGCUUACCGAAGCAGAAUCCCGCUCAGCAGAAAUUCACUCUAAGCUCGCAGAUGCUCACAGGAGGCUCGAUGAAGAGAGAGACCGUUGCUCUAAGCAGGUGGACGAACUCAACCACAGACACGAGGCGGAUGCAGCCAGAGAUCGGAAGUUCAUCUCCGACAUGCGCACCCAGCUAGAGCAGGAGCGAAGGCAGGGGGAGGAGCUUGCAUCUGUGAUGGACAGACUGAGGGCUGAGCUACUGCAGAGCAAAAGGAAAUGGGAAGAGGAGGAGAGAACGAGGAGGGAGGAGCUGCAGAGGGAGCAGGAGGCCGCCUCCCGACAUCGCGUAGCUAUGGAGACCUUGAAGGAGCAGAAACAAGACGCGAGCCAUGCUUUGGAUGUGGAGCGAGAGCGGUCCAGACGCCAAGGGGUGGAGCUAGCAGAGCUGAAGGAGAGGGUGCGACUUCUGAAGGACAAAGAGAGGGAGAGGGAGGAGCAGUGGGAGCGGGAGAUGAGGAAGGCGAGGCAAGAGCAGAUGGAGAGGGAGAGACGACAGGAGAGGACCAACAACAAACUGUGCGAGUUGGAGUUGUUGAGGCAACAGGACCAGCAACGCAUGCAAGAACUGCAGCACACUCUGGCAGAGCUGGAGAGAGAGGAGAGAGAGAUGGCUGCUCAGAGGCUGUCUGGACAAACCCCAGGGCAGCAACACAAGGCGACACCUUCACAGCAUCUCCAGGCAGGCAGCACACAACAAAACCAGCAGAUGGGGUCCAUGCUGUCAUCAUCCAAUUUGCUGGAAACGUUGUUGAAGGAGAACUCUGAGCUGACCGAGCGUGUGACAUCACUGAGUCAGGAGAGAGCCACCCUCAAACACAGACUCACCUGCCUGGAGCGAGAGCUGCGGCGCACAGAGGAUGAGCUCACCAAGGUCACGGCAGAAACUGAAAACAGACCCAUCUAUGAUAUGACCAGCAACAGUAAGGUGCAACGUUUGUAUGAGCGUUACCUGCGCGCUGAGAGCUUCAGGAAAGCUCUGGUAUAUCAGAAACGUUACCUGCUAUUGCUGCUGGGAGGUUUCCAGGAGUGUGAACAGGCCACGCUUUGUCUCAUCGCUCAUAUUGGGGCCCGGCCAUCUCCCCCACUCUCCUCCCAGCGCAGACCCCUCGGAAGAUUUAGGGCAGCUGUAAGAGUUGUCAUUGCUGUCUCAAGAAUGAGAUUCCUGACCAGGAAAUGGCAAAGAGCGAUCAGAAGGUUGUCUGUGUCUGGGACUAUCAAUGGGCACUCUUCAGGACCUAAAGUUGAAGUUUUGAGGCAACAACAACCAAGAUUAAAUUCUGCCUCACCGCCAAACAGAGACAGCAGCGGCGUCCACCGAGACACAGUGUCAGCCCUCGUCCCACCCACUAAAUCACCCUUCAGGUUACACCACAGGUCGUACUCCAGCACUAGUCAGGCCUCGGCACAUUCAGGAGGAACAUCUCAGGAUCCAGAGCGAUCGCUCACUGAGUAUAUUCACCAUUUAGAGAAAGUCCAGCAGCGGCUGGUUGGAGCCAGGCAAGUAAGCAAGACUGGUUUAGCCCCCAAAGAGGAAAGGAGGAUACAGUCAGCCUGUUCCCCUGAUAUGAUUGGUUAUCGGCAGCGCUGGCUGCAGGAGAAUAGCACGUGGCUGUACCUGAGCUGCUUGUCGCCCCUUUACCUGAACGGUCCAGGUUCAUCUGUUCUCCAGCCCGAUCCAAAGUUGUUUGAACACUGAAAGAAUGAAUGUCUGCAUAUCAGAACUGUCCACGCCUUACAUGUGUAGAAAUCUGUAGAAAGAAAUAUAUCACACGUGCUGAAUUAUUUGAUGACAUGUGAUUUUUAGAAUAAUAUAAAUUAUUUUUCAAUGUUUUCUAUUGUAAGUUUUCUAUUCUCUGUACUUGAGUAUUUUGAAGGUCCCUCUUGGAUUGUUGCUUUUCAUUAUUUUAAAUGUUUAAUUUUCUACUAAUGUUUUUUACCCUUUUGAGCUGCUGUAAAUAAUAGGACUGAUUCAUUGUACAUGUGUCCCAAUUUGCACUGGUUUUAUAUUGAAAAUCCAUCACGCACAUAGCUAGUGUGUUUUUGCAUAAAGGUGGAUCAUAUGUGUUUUUGUAUUAUCUAUGUUUCUACCAUAAAGUUGAUAAAUAUUUUAAAUGUGUGCAAACAAAC